AUGUACAAGGCAAAAAAGACUUUGUCUGCUUGGGGGAUGAGUUAUGAGAAGAUCCACACAAGCCCCGAUGACUGCAUCUUGUAUAGGAAGGAUUAUGAAGAUUCAACUAAUUAUCCUACUUGUGGUAUCUCAAGGUGGAAGGAAGGCAAAGAUUCAAUCUUGAAAGAAGGUGUGCCAGCAAAGAUGGUAUGGUAUUUUCCGCAAAUUCCUAGGUUUAAAAAGAUGUUUCAAUCACUUAAGAUAGCUAAGAUGUUUCAAUCAUAUGUCUCAUCUAGCGGAUUCCCCGUCUUGAAAACUUCUUGA